AUGCAGCUUUUUAUUCAAACACUAUUUGUGCUCUUACUUGUUUUAUACUUUAUUCCAUCGCAUGAAGCAGCAAAAGCACCGAAAAUUCAAGGAAUUUUCGCCAGCAAAAAUGCAUUUACCCAGACUAAAUUCAACGAUGUUAAAUCUAGUUUGAAGCUAUUGCCCUUGAUAGCAAAAGAUUUUGUGGGAGCCACAAAUAAAAAGCAGAAAUGUUGUAACACUUUUCGAAAUGCACAAAAUAACUUUGUGGUCAAUCGAAGUACAACGGCAACGUUAAAGAAGGUCGCCAAAGAGCAUUCGGACUAUUUGAAAACUUUGAACGAUACGGUAGUUAAAGCAGAAAGGAACGUUCAAGAAGCUUUCACUGGCAUUGAAGAUUUGGGAGCACGAAUACGAGAUACAUUGACACUGGAUGAGUUUGUGAAACAACAUAAGGAGGUCAUUUCGAAUUUGCAAGAAGAUAUUCAGAAGGUCAAAGUCAUUCAGUGUCCAGCCACUACGAGUUUUAUUGAGAGUCUUAAGAAAGCGCUUGCAGGACAAGAGGAAGAAUCGAAAGAGCAAAAGGCAAACGAAGCAAUAUCGGAUGAUAAGAAAUCUGCAGAUGAAAAACCAAGCGAAGGGAAAUCUAAGGAAGAGAAACCUAGUGAACAAGGUUCAGAUGAGGCUGAAAAAUCAAAGCCAGAAAGUGGAAAAAUUAACAUCGAUGUAAAAUCAGGCGAUGAAAAAUCUGGUGAUAAAACAGGUCAGGAAAUGUCAUCAGGUGAAAAAUCUGGCGAGGACAAGCCCCUGAACGAUGAAAAAUCUGGGGAGAAAAAUCCGGACGAAAGCAAACUCUCAAGCGAAAAUAAGUCUUGUGGGGAAAAUUCAGAAGAAAGCAAGACUUCAAAUGAUGAAACAGAAAACAAGCCAAUAAGCGAUGAAGAAUCUAGCGAGAAAAAUUCAGACGAAAGCAAACUUUCCAGUGAUGAAAAAUCUGCCGAGAAAAAUCCAGACGAAAGCAAACUCACAAGCGAUGAAAAGUCGGAAGAAAACAAGCCCCUAAGCGAUGGAAAAUCUAGGGAGAAAAAACCAGAAGAAAGCAUGUCUCCAACCGAUGAAAAAUCUGUAACAAGUGACGAAAAGUCUAACGAGGAAGAAAACAAGCUCCCAAAAGUCAGACGAAAGCAAGCCCUCAAACGACGAAAAAUCCAGUGGGGAAAGGCAUAA